AUGGAUGGCGGUAGAAAAGUCUGGGUCCCAGAUCCGACAGACGGCUUCAAAUUAGGGAUAAUAAAAGAUAUAAAUAGCGAAUGGGUGAGCGUGGAAUUGACGUCCGGAUCAUCUUCAUCCUCGUUUAGCCCCAGUCACAAGAAUGAGGUCAAGGUCAAUUAUAACGAGGUUUACCCUAGCGAGGAGUAUGAAAACAAAGAUGUCGAAGAUAAUUGCGCGUUGAUGUACUUGAACGAAGCCACCCUGCUGAACAACGUGAGAGUCAGGUACCUGAAGGAUUCCAUAUAUACGUACGUGGCAAACAUCCUGAUAGCUCUCAACCCUUACAAAGGGCUGAACAAUUUGUAUGAUAAAAGUUCCAUUGAGUCCUAUCAAGGCAAGUCCCUUGGUACUAGACCACCCCACGUCUUCGCUAUCGCCGACAAAGCUUACAGGGACAUGAAGCACUUCAAAGAAUCUCAAUCGAUAGUAGUAAGUGGCGAGUCGGGAGCCGGUAAAACCGAGUCGACCAAGUACAUUCUCAAGUACUUGACCGAAUCUUGGGGGUCCAAGGCCGGCCCAAUUGAACAGAGGAUUGUUGAAUCUAACCCACUGUUGGAGGCAUUCGGCAACGCGAAGACCAUGCGGAACAACAACUCCAGCAGGUUUGGCAAGUUCGUCGAGAUACAUUUCGACUCAAAGAACCAGGUCUGCGGAGGGUACAUAUCUCAUUACUUGCUGGAGAAGUCCCGCGUCUGCAUUCAGAGUUCCGGGGAGAGGAACUACCACAUCUUCUAUCGACUUUGUGCUGGAGCUCCCGCCAGCCUCAGAAGCAUGCUGAAAGUUGAGAAUCCGGAUGAUUUUCAUUAUCUAAGGAAGGGUUGCACGCAAUUCUUCUGUAACGAUGCCAGUGAGCGUUCCUUGGUCGAUUCGCAGAAGAGCUGUAACACAAAGAAACAGGGCACCCUGCGUGACAUCACCCUAAAUGACGUCACAGACUUCAACCUCACUGACUCCGCCCUCUCCCACAUGGGUAUUUCCGACAGGCUAAAAUUAGAAAUCUACAGGGUCAUUGCCGGCGUCCUUCACCUUGGCAAUGUGGCCUUCGAAGAUCCACCCGCUGAAGAUACUACGGGAGGGUGCCAGGUGGCUCCUUUUUCAAUACCCUCAUUGGAGGUAACAUCUAUCUUACUUGGAUGUGACAAGGAUGAGUUGAAGGCCGCUCUCACCAGCAGAAUGAUGGUCACCAGUUUUGGCGGAAGGAGAGGUAGUGCCAUCUUGGUUCCACUGAAAACGAACGAGGCACAGAACGCCAGAGAUGCACUGGCCAAGUCGGUGUACGCCAAACUAUUCGACUACAUCGUCCUUGCCGUCAACCAAUCGCUGCCCUUCAGCCAGUCGGUAUCCUACAUCGGAUUACUCGAUAUUGCCGGUUUCGAAUACUUCCAGACGAACAGCUUCGAGCAGUUCUGCAUCAACUACUGCAAUGAAAAACUGCAACAAUUUUUCAACGAGCGAAUCCUCAAAGAAGAACAAGCCUUGUACGAGAAAGAAGAUUUGAAAGUGAAGAAGAUCCAUUAUAUAGACAACCAGGACUGUAUCGACCUCAUCGAAUCACGAACCAAUGGCAUCUUUAGCAUCCUUGACGAAGAGAAUAAACUGCCCAAACCACUGGCCGACCAUUUCACAUCGGAAGUUCAUCGGUUAAAUAAAGACCACGCAAGAUUGAACAUACCAAGGAAAUCGAAACUGAAAGCGCACAGGGAAAUCCUGGACAAUGAGGGAUUUCUCAUCCGCCAUUUUGCUGGAGCUGUCUGUUACGAAACUGCUCAAUUCAUUGACAAAAAUAACGACGCCUUGCAUUAUUCACUCGAAAGUUUGAUUCUCAACUCAAAAAGUGUCUUCUUGAAGUCGCUCUACGAGUUGAAACCCGAUUUAUCAUCAUCAUCAUCAUCAUCAUCUUUGUCGUCAUCAUCAUCAUCACUGCCAUCGGGGUUGUCGUCGUCGCCAUCAUCUGGAAAACUUGCCUUCAGCAGCGUCGGCAGCAAAUUUCAAUCGCAGUUGUCGCUGCUGAUGGAGAAGUUGAGGAGUACGGGGACCAGUUUCAUCAGGUGCAUCAAACCAAAUUCCAAGAUGGCCGCCCGUUGCUUCGAGGGCACACAAAUCCUGACUCAGCUGCAGUGCUCCGGUAUGCCAAGCGUAUUGGACCUGAUGCACCAGGGCUUUCCAUCAAGAACUCCCUUCUCUGAACUCUACAACAUGUACAAGCAGUUCAUGCCCGCCAACAUCGCCCGUCUCGAUCCAAGGCUCUUCUGUAAGGCCCUCUUCAAAGCACUCGGCCUCCAAGAGACAGACUACAAAUUCGGAAUGACGAAAAUUUUCUUCAGACCUGGCAAGUUCGCGGAAUUCGAUCAGCUGAUCAAAUCUGACAAGGAGCACCUGGACGCCCUGAUCCAAAAAGUUCAAAAGUGGUUGAUUGGAAUGAGGUGGAGGAGGGUGCAGUGGACAACGUGGGCUACCAUCAGAGUUAGGAACUUGAUAGGGGAACGAAGGAAGAAAUUCAUCACUAUCCAGUCAUUGGUGAAGAUGUGGCGGGUAAAGAAGGAGUACGCUCCAAGGAUAUCCUGCAUACGUAAGAUACGCUCUCUGUACGUCCAACUUGAUCCCAUGACCCAGAUGACCUUGCAGUUGAAGGAAGGUCAGGAGGUCGCCAGGCAAAAAAUCGCCAUGUUGAAAAGUCAGAUGGGUGACGUCAUCAAAAAAUUGCAGACCAGCCCCACGAUCAACCAAUCAGAAUUGAAUUCCAUAAGUGAGAUGUUGAUGGGGGCGUUAGAGGGGGUGGUGGGGGAGUUGAAAAAAUUGGUGGAAGAACAACAGAUGGCUGAAGAACGAGAGAGAGUGAGAAAGAUGCAGGAGCAAAUAUCGAAAGAAAAGGAAAAAAGAGAAGCGGAAGAAAGAGGGAGGCAGGAGGAGGAGAGGAGGAAGAUGGUGGAGGAAAAGGCACGGAGAUUGAAGGAAGAAGAAGAAGAAAAGUCGAGAAGAGAGGAAGAAAUGAAGAGAUUGCAUGAAAGUACAAACACUAAUUACGUCAUCAUCGUCACCCGCCGACCAAUCAGACAACAGCUUCAAGAGCAGGACCGCAGAGACAGAGAGCUGGCAUUGCGAUUGGCCGCCGAAGAUAGCAGCCAGGUGGAAGAUCUGGCAAGGUGGGCGGGUCUUCCAGCCAAACAUUCCAGUGUGCAGAAAAAACCAGGGUCCGUGACGUCAAGUAGCACGAAGCCUGACUUCACCCAAUGGAAGUACGCCGACCUCCGUGACACCAUUAACACGUCAUGCAACCUUGACCUUUUGGAAAGUUGCCGAGAGGAGGUGCACAGGCGGUUGAUGGUGUACCACGAGUGGAGGUUGAAGAACAGGGCCAGCAAUAAAGAGGAGAGGGCCCCACAGUCUGUUAUGGACAUUGCCCAGAACCCCUACCUCCUCGAGCAGUUCACCUCCCCAGUCCUCCUGAAAGAGCAGCGGUACUUCCGGAUCCCCUUCAAAAGAUCCAACGAGCCAAAUGGGCCCUCCUACCCCAUCUCGGGCUGGUGGUUGGCACAUUUUGAUGGCAACUGGGUGGCCAGGCAGAUGGAACUCCAUCCAGGGAAAGCUCCCGUCCUUUUAGUGGCCGGAGCAGACGACAUUCGCAUGUGCGAGCUGAGUCUAACGCAGUCGGGCCUGGUUCGACGACAAGGCGCAGAGGUGACAGAGGCUGUGUUUGAUGAGGUCUGGUCCA